UCCAACACCUUCUACCGCAAACCCACCAAACGCAACCUCGUCUCCUCUAACACCCCCUCCGACUCCUCCACCCACCUCAUCCGCAACCUCCUCCUCCACCUCCACCUCCUCCCCCCCCCCCACUCCCACCCCACCGUCCUCCACUACUCCCCGCAACUCCAACAAGACCUCCAACUCCUCGACCAAACCAAAUCCAUCCCCUCCAUCCCCUGCGUCGUCCAAAACCUCUCCCCACUCAACACCUCCUCCCUCUACCACUCCUUCGUCUGCCUCCUCGGCACCGGCUCCCCCUCCCACGCCAUCCGCACCUACUCCACCACCUCCUUCGAAAUCGUCUACGCCGUCGACCCCGACAACCUCGACUCCACCACCUACCACGUCAAAGUCGUCUGGAUCGAAUCCUCCCCCAACUACCAACCCAACCUCGACCACUCCCAACUCAAACUCGUCAUCACCCUCCUCCCCAGACCCCACAAAGUCUUCCAACUAGGCGUCUACAAAUCCAACGACUGUCCACCCCUCCCCACCAUCCUCACACACGACUCACUCGUCGACGGCCGCUCCCUCUACCCCCCUCCUCCACCACGCCUGCCUCGUCCUCUACAAAACCCUCUCCCCCCCACCCCUCCACUCGCCCCCGUCAGUCCAGAUCCGACCUCAUCCAACACAUCUCCAACUCCUACCCCGCCCUCUCCCACCCCCCAUUCCAAUUCCCCUACCACCUCACCCACGACCCCUCCUGGAUCCAACUCCAACCCUCCCCCUCCCCCCUCCAACGCACCACCUCCAACCACUUCCCCACCUCCCUCAAAUCCAAACUCAACCUCGACUCCCUCCACAAAGCACAACUCGCCCUCAUCUCCAAAUCCAACUCCCUCUCCUCCCUCUCCAAAUCCCCCCUCCCCUCCAAAUCCCCCC